CUACUACUACUACUACUUACUACUACUACUCACACUACUACUACUACUGCUACUACUACCCACACUACUAUACUACUACUACUACCCACACUACUACUACUACUACUGUUACUACUACUACUACUCACACUAGUAUUACUACUCAUACUACUGCUACUACUACUACUACUCACACCACUAAUACUACUACCCACACUACUACUACUACUACUACUACUCACACUACUACUACUACUCACACUGCUACUACUACUCACACUACUGCUAAUACUACUACUACUCACACUACUAAUACUACUACCCACACUACUACUACUACUACUCACACUACUACUACUACUACUCACACUACUACUACUACUACUACUACCCACACUACUACUACUACUACUACUACUACUACUACUCACACUACUACUGCUACUCACAAUACUACUACUACUCCUACUACUACUACUACUACUACUACUACUACUGCUACUGCUGCUAGUACUACUACUACUACUAUCACUAAUACUAACCACAAUACUACUACUAAUACUACUCUUGCUACUGCUACUGCUACUGCUACUACUACUACUAGUACUACUACUACUACUACUACUGCUACUACUACUACUACUCACACUACUACUAUUACUCACACUACUACUACUACUACUACUACUACUACUACUACUGCUACUGCUACUGCUACUGCUAAUGCCACUGCUACUACUACUACUACUACUACUACUACUACUACUACUACUACUACUCACACUACUACUACUACUACUAAUACUACUACUACUACCCACACUACUACUACUACUCACACUACUACUACUACUGCUACUACUACCCACACUACUACUACUACUACUCACACUACUACUACUACUAACACUACUACUACUACUACUACCCACACUACUACUACUACUACUACUACUACUACUACUAUUACCCACACUACUACUACUACUACUACUACUACUCACACUACUACUACUACUACUACUACUACUCACACUACUACUACUACUACUACUGCUACUGCUACUACUACUACUACUACUACUACUCACACUACUACUACUACUACUACUCACACUACUACUACUACUAAUACUACUCACACUACUACUACUGCUACUGCCACUACUACUACUACUACUACCCACACCACUACUACUACUCACACUACUUCUACUACUGCUACUACUACCCACACUACUACUACUACUACUCACACUACUAAUACUACUACCCACACUACUACUACUACUACUUCCCACACUACUACUUCUACUACUACUACUACUACUAUUACCCACACUACUACUACUACUACUACUACUCACACUACUACUACUACUACUACUACUACUACUCACACUACUACUACUACUACUACUACUACUCACACUACUACUACUACUACUACUACUACUACUACUACCCACACUGCUACUACUACUACUACUCACACUACUACUACUACUUUUACUACUAUUACCCACACUACUACUACUACUCACACUACUACUACUACUCACACUACUACUACUACUGCUACUCACACUUCUACUACUACUACUACUACUACUACUCACACUACUACUACUACUCACACUGCUACUACCACUACUCACACUACUACUACUACUACUACUACUACUACUACUCACACUACUACUACUACUACUACCCACACUACUACUACUACUACUGUUACUACUACUACUACUCACACUACUGCUACUACUACUACUACUCACACUACUAAUACUACUACCCACACUACUACUACUACUACUACUCGCACUACUACUAGUACUCACACUACUACUACUACUGCUACUACUACUACUACUACUACUACUACUACUACUACUACUACUCACACUACUACUACUUCUCACACUGCUACUACUACUACUACUAUUCACACUACUACUACUACUGCUACUACUACUACUACUACUACUACUACUACUACUACUGCUACUCACACUACUACUACUCACACUACUACUACUACUACUCACACUGCUACUACCACUACUCACACUACUACUACUACUGCUGCUACUACUCACACUACUACUACUACUACCCACACUACUACUACUACUACUACUACUACUACUACUCACACUACUACUACUACUACUACUACUCACACUACUACUACUACUACUACUACUACCCACACUACUACUACUACUCACACUACUACUACUACUACUCACACUACUACUACUACUACUACUACUACUCACACUACUACUACUACUCACACUACUACUACUACUCACAGUACUACUACUCCUCUCUUCUGUUGUACCAUUCUGCUUUGGAGGACACAUUCAUAA